UUUAUCGUUACCGUUCGACGUGGAGACCAGGUCUACCAGAGAGUUCUGGUUGCAGGCAAACCACCCCUGAAGUCGGGCUCUAGUCUACACCAAUGGGAUUGGGACUUUCCGGGUAACUACGGGCACUACGUUGGCCUCUACCCGCGCUCUUGGACCGCCUUUGAGCUGCCGGAAUUUGAUCUUCUUCUGAUCUGUGAACAGGUAAGCCGAUCUUUGCAAAUAGCAUCCCCACUAAUGGCAGGGCAUGACCGGUGA